AAAUGUCUCUUUGAUCUUUAGAACGCUUGAAUGGCCAGGAAACACAACAAAUGCAUCCAGCAGUUUAGUGAGAGCAAGUACAGUACUAUGUUGUGAACUGCACGGCAUACAGUAUUUUUGCUCAGAUGUGCAGCAUCUCUGAUGGAAUACAUAAAGUGUUCACUGGCAAAAUAUUGUAAGGCCAAGGCACACUGUUCAACAGUGAGGGCAUUAUUCCAUUAGACGAAUUUUUCUACACGGAAGUGUUUUUGUGACGGACCAUUAAAAGUUAUCGUUGCCAAGUGCCUCCUUUACAUUGUCACGUUUUGCUUCUUCGGUGUUCGAAUGACUAAACCGGACGUAAUCAGAGUAUGCCCAUAGGCAAUGCAAAACAUGCACGACUCGCCACGGAAUAGAUUAAACCUUACUCAUGCAAAGCUAGCCCGUUAGCUACCUAAAUUACAAAGCUAAGAGACAGUUAGCCUUGCAAAAUUAGCUAAUAAACUAGUUUGUGUUUAGGCUAAAAUUAUUUCCCUUGACACUUCGUAAAAUGCAGCAGUGUUUACUGGUCAGUGAAUCCGGGGCUUGUGUCCCACUAGCCGAUGGCCGAGCCGUGAUCCUAGGUCGUGGUCCAGAGACUGGAGUAGUUGACAAGAAGUGUUCCCGACACCAAGUGAAACUGGUGGCCUGUUAUGCGGACAAGGAUGUACUUGUAACACAGCUUGGUCCAAACCCAUGUUCCUUGGGCAGUGAGAGUCUUGGAAGAGGUCAGUCUGGCAGGCUGAUGCAUGACAGCACCCUGUUCCUGGUCAACCAGAGCCAUCCCUUCAGAGUACAGUUCUCUGCUUCGAAUGGAACGUCAUCAUCUUCUGCUCCGAAGGGGAAAGAUGUACAACAGUUAAAAGCAUUGGGCAAGACAGAGGGAGAAAAAGACAGAGGUGGGAAGGUCCAGAGCCCAGGUCCCAAACGCAGCAUCCAAGACUUUUUUGCAUCUUCUCCCAAGAAGGCAUCCAAGAGGCCACAAAGUGACCAGGAGGACCCGCAGGAGAAGCGUCGGAGGACCGAUGAGGACGAGGCCGAGAGGCUAGCUGAGGAGAAGCUCCGACAGCUCCAGGCGAUGGCAGAGGAGGCUUCGGGAGCCGGUACAGGCAGCGACAGACAUCCUCAGCGACACACAUCCUCCACAGCCUGUCCUCAAAGCCACUGGCAGCAGAUUGGAAACAUGAUGAUCUACACAGCUGCUGGGGUCACUGGAAGCAGUAAGAUUGCUGGAUUUGACAUUGAUGGCUGCAUCAUCACCACCAAGUCCGGCAAAGUGUUUGCCACCAGCCCAGAUGACUGGAGGAUUCUUUUUCCUGAGAUCCAACCCAGACUGGCCAGCCUAUUGCAGAAAGGCUACAAGGUGGUGUUCUUCACCAAUCAGAUGGGAAUCUCUCGGGGCAAACUGAGGCCUGAGGAUUUUAAGUGUAAAGUGGAGGACAUUCUGAGGACCUUACAGCUUCCUGUCCAGGUGUUUGUGGCAUCUGGUCCUGGUAUCUACAGGAAGCCUGUAAAGGGAAUGUGGGAGCACCUGACUGAGAAGGCUAAUGGCGGUGUUGUUGUGGACAAGAGCCAGUCUCUCUAUGUGGGAGAUGCAGCGGGGCGACCCGUCAACUGGGCCCCUGGCAAGAAGAAGAAGGACUUCUCCUGCAGUGACCGACUGUUUGCUCUAAACAUUGGGCUGCCGUUCCACACUCCAGAGGAGUUCUUCCUGGGCUGGAAGAGUGCCCCCUUCAGUCUACCGCCAUUUGACCCUAGGAAAUGGGACUCCAACGCCCGUCUAUUUGACCCACCCAGCGCUUCGCUCACUUCCGUCAAACAGGAAGUCAUUGUUGCCGUGGGUUACCCUGCCUCCGGGAAGUCAACCUUUUUCCACACUCACAUAGUCCCCAAAGGUUAUGUGUAUGUCAACAGGGACACCCUGGGGUCGUGGCAGAGCUGUGUGUCGGCCUGUGAGCGUGCUCUGAAAGAGGGCCGCAGUGUAGCCGUGGAUAAUACCAACCCAGACCCUGAGUCCCGCAAACGGUAUAUUGAUGUUAGCCAGAGUUUGGGUGUGUCUUGUCGCUGCUUCAACUUCUCAGCUUCUUUGGAGCAGGCCAAACACAACAACAGAUUCCGUGAGAUGGCCCCCUCUACCACUAAGCACCUUAAAGUCAAUGACAUGAUCUUUCACAGCUACAAGAAAAAGUUUGUGGCACCCAGUCUUUCAGAAGGCUUCUCUGAAAUCCUGCAGGUUCAUUUUGUCCCAAAGUUUACAGACCAACAGUCAGAAGCCCUUUUCAGGCAGUUCUCCGAAGGUUAAUUGGAAGGCUGUCAUUCUAACUGUAUAGGUUCAGCAGUCCCAUCUGUCCUUCAGUUAUGACUGUACAGGUUGACAUUUGUCAGCUUCCCUGCUUUCUUAACAACCUAUUGGUAUUCCAUCUUUUUGAAGGUACAGAUGUUUUUACAAAAAAAGCCUGGCAGCCUAUCUGUAUAUUAGUUUGAUCUGCAUCAGUUCCAUAUUUUCAUGUUUUGAAAGAUAUACUGUAAUUUGGAAGAGCCUAAAAUUUAAAUAAUGCAGAAAACAAAUAGAAAUAUAGAAUACAUUGAAUGUAUUUACAUUUUCCAAUAAUUAAAUGAAACAGCUUGAGAACAGCAUUGUCUUUUUAAUUUCAUAAUAGAAUGUUAUUUGUUGUAUUUGAUUUGCAAUAGGUCAUAUUCUGUAAACACUUAAAUGUCAUGUUCUAUUCUUGAAAUUACUUCAAAACAUUAAUUAAAUAAAGUCUGUUUUUCAAUUAUCCACUCCUGCAGAAACUACAAUAUACUUAUGAAUCAAAACUAAUCAAUACAGCAAGGGUAUGAUCCGGUCAGCGUUUUGAACCCAAUAUUUUUGUCAAAUUUGUGCUUCCGCUUAAAAUGGCGAGCCUAAAGCAGAUACAGGACAUUUCUGGGAGAAUUCCUAGUUGCCCAUUGGCAGAAACUCCAGCUCUUUGCCCAGGUGCUGUUUUAACCAUGGCGCUAAGUGGAAGAGGCUGAUGUGAAAGUCCCGUGCAUCUGAAGGGGGUUUGUCACUCAUGUCUUUUGGCUCACACACAUUCAGGGUGCCCCAGCUGACUACGCCAACCUGCAGGACGACAUGUGGAUUAAUUCAAAUACGGACUGGACCCAGCUUUUCAAAAGGCAUUCAUCUAGAUUUAGCUUGUAGGAUAGGGUUGAAUGCACAAGAAAUGAAUCCAGACAAAUGAUUGACUUGAAUGGGGAAUUUCCAUUAUAUUGAUUGUAUUUAUAUGUAUUUCAUGUUAUCCACUGACAGAAAUCGUUUUAUUUAAAACUGGGCAAUGGUCAUGAAAUA